GCUGAGGGGGGCGCGAAUGUAAUCUACCGAAUCAUAUGGGCACCAGCGACAGUGACAGCGGGGCCUAGUAAUGGACAUAUGAGUAUACCUCCCAUGCUGCGAGGGAAGUUACUCCGACUACGCAAGGACACAAAAUCUGGAAUCUCGUACCAGGAGAUCUCGCGCAAUUUUGAUAGAAUUAUUCGACCGUUGUUCCAGCCCGAGGAAGUAGUGGAUCAAACGCUCGUCCAACUUCCCAGGGGACUGGUGCAACAGUGUAACGAGCGACUACGUGCAGCUGAGCUCAACGGCAAGCGUCCUCGCAGACGAUGCGGGGUGUAUCUCUCACUAAAUGAGCCUUUCGGUUUGCUAGUGACAGACAUGACAACCUUUAACGAUCCAGGAAUGAUAAUGGCAGAACUAAAACCAAAGUGGCUUCUCCAGUCUCCAUCUGCACCACUUGAUGCUCGACGAUGUCGUACCUGCGCACUACGGGAUAUGAAGAACCACGAGUCGCGGAAAGCGUGCGGAUCAGAAGACAAAUCGUUCUGCCCUCUUGGUCUCGUCUCGGAUAAGUUCGAGCAUGUCUUGCGCGCGACCCGAUUCGUCAAAGGAUGUCAAGACCAGGACCGUCUGGCGCGGUUUUUACACCGGAAUGACACACUGUUAAAGCUUCAGGCACAUCAGAAAGCUAUGCGUGAUGUUGGUCUGCAUGGACAGUCCGCGCAGUCGAAGGAGAGAUCGCUUGCCAUGACUUUGAGGGACUGCACUAUGUUUAUCAAGGUAGCGUCCCACCUCUAUUUGUAGUGUUGCGCCACAACUAACGUGUAUAGAUGCCACUGGACGGGGAAGGGCCCGUCGAAGUCCGUCUAGGAGACCUC